UAAAACUGAUCGUAUAUAUAUAAAAUGGUAUGCUAGAGAGACAACUCUAGGUGAAGGCGAGCCUGCUGAAGUUAGCCGAGUUGCAUGAAAGAGGAGACAUAGUUACCAAUCUAAGCAUUUAACUACAAGGGUAUAUGUCUUUUCAAUUUCCACAUGGACAUCAGGCUUUUAUUUACGACUGGUAAUUUGACAGUCGUUUUAAAAUUUAUGAAAUUCUAAAAUAUGGAAGAGACAUCCUGUACAGAACAGUUAACGGAAAACACAGACAUCAAUCAAGAUGAGUUAAUUCUUCAGCAGCAAAGGCGAAUUGAGAUGGAGAUCUCCGAAUCUAUUGCUUUGGUUGGAGAAAAAGAACCUAUUAAAAGUUUAGAACGGGAAUACCCAGAAGAUGAAGUGUAUCUUUCAAAAGCUAAAGCAUUGGGUCAAAAAUACUCAUACAUUAGAAGAACCAGACCAGAUGGAAACUGCUUCUUUAGAGCUUUUAGUUAUGCAUAUCUUGAAAAAUUAAUUGGAAAUAAAGAUGAAUACGAAAAAUUUAGAGAACUUGCAUUAAAAAGCAAAGAUAACUUAGUAGCAUUAGGCUUUCCCCAAUUUACUGUUGGAGAUUUUCAUGAUACGUUUAUGGAUGUAAUUGAUAAAGUAGGAGGGGAUGCAGAGUCAAGCUACAUUGAAUUACAUAAACUUUUUAACGAACAAGGUUGUUCUGAUUAUGUUGUUGUCUAUCUUAGAUUAAUUACAUCCGGUCAAUUAAGAAGCGAAGCUGAUUUUUAUCAGCACUUUAUCGAAGGAGAACGUACAGUUUCAGAAUUUUGCCGUCAAGAAGUGGAACCAAUGUACAAAGAGUCUGAUCAUAUUCACAUUAUAGCAAUGAGUACUGCUUUAGGUACUGGAGUACGUGUUCGGUACAUGGAUAGAGGUGCUGGAACUGAAGUAACUGCACAUGAUUUUCCUGAAGGUGCUACUCCAGCAGUUCAUUUAUUAUAUCGUCCUGGUCAUUAUGAUAUUUUAUAUCCUUGAUAAAUUGUAUGUUACGAUUUUUUGGAAAGUCUCUUUCACAACAAGGAUUUAAUUAUUUAGCAAAUUGUAUCUUGUGUAUGUAGUCAAAAUUUAUAAAACUCUUAUUUGGUGAAACGUCACAGCACUAUCUUUUUACAUAAUUAAUUUAAACAUUAUAGAAUACAUAAUAUAAGUAUAAAAUUUUGUGUAAAGAAGAAAAUGUAUUUACAUAGAUACUGUAUCUUUUUAAGAAGAUACGAAUUUGUCAUUUACUAAUAAUUGUAUCAAAUUCUUUUCAAACUCAGGUUAUGAAUUAAGUACAUCAAAUAAAUAACAAAUAAUUUAACAAGA